AGGGAGACUAAUGACUGCACCUGAUCCCCGGAAAGGAGGCUAUAGGAGAAAAGACAAAAGGAAAUGAAACUGCAGGCCAAGAAACAACUAAUGAAGCACGCAGCUUAAGUAAAAGAUUCAAAUCUGAACUAUAGUGCUAAAGACCAGCUGUUUUGGAACACGAAGACAAGCAACCGAAGCCAGAGUGGUGUUGUAAACUCCUAAGAGGACUGUAGGAGGGUGGAGGAGAGGCUGGCUCUCAUACAGAGGGAGGGACUGACUGUUCACAGAGCAUGGAGCUUCAUUCACUCUGCUAAACACUCAAACACACACACACAUGCUCUGCAAUGCUGCUCUCAGGCUGAGAGAAAAGAGGGGAGCGGAGGAGAGGACAACCCGCUCGCUGAGUGGUGACAGACAGAAAAAACAGGGACACUAAGAGAGGCCAAAGAGGGACAGAAGGCUUCAUCAAACCCUGGAGAGCUGGAAGGUUUCAGAUCCUGUGACUUAUUUCCAACAGCGGACAGACACACUGAUCCAGGUGGAAGAACUGGACCGUAGCUUCCAGGACCAACCUCCAGGAUGUCCCGGAGGAGGUCUACAGGUGACCUGGUGCCCAAGGACAUCACUGAGAUCUUAGCCCGGGAGGUGAGGGCUCAGCGUGGGCAGAGGAAGCCAGGAAGCUCCCUGGGACAAGCCUUCAGCUGGUUGAAGGGGAGCCGGAGGAAGAAGACCGUCGGGAAUGGACUGAACCGUACCGGUACCGGUGUGACGGAGCCCAAACUGGGACUUCAGAACCACGACCCCACAAAAGCUGGCCCGAAGGGGAAUGAAGACCAGAAGAGGUUGACGGUCCACUACACCGCCUCACAGCACUACCAGGAGAAUGUUUUCAUUGAGGGCAGCAGGCCGCAGUACCUGGAAGACCUGCACACUGAAGCUCAGGAAGGACUCAAGAUACUGCAGCAAGAAGAGCACAAAAAUGGAGUGAACUUUGCUGACGAUGAAAGCAUUGCUUCCACAGACACUCUCCGUCCGGAGCAGGAUAUCAGCUCCAAGGACGGAGGUGGCUCUCCGGAGUCAAGAUCCACCACCGGGAAUACUGAUACCACAGUAACCUCUGCUGCAUUGAAUAGGCCUGUGCUUACCCGCCAAGGUUCUACAUUUAAGCCUCUAAAUCCAGUGAAAAGAAUAGAUAAGAGCAGGAAGCGGAGCAGGAGGACCACCAUCAUGGGUAUUCCCAACCAGGUCCAGAAAGAGCUUGCUCUGCACAGAAGCUCCACCUUCCAGCCACUUGUUUCUACCCAGCUCCCUAAUCAUGACAGGCAAGUCAGUGGCAGCCAAUCAGGUGUUGUAAUCAUUCCUACGGUUGAUGGAGGAACUCCAGUGGCGAAUAAGGAGGGCGCAAGGGUACACCUUUCAGAGUUGGAGCAGGCAUUCAAAGAUGAACAGCUGGUGAGAAAACACCUCCAGGCAGUGUACCAAGAUGAGCAGUGUUUCAACCAGCAGGGCUUUGGUUCCCAUCUCUGCCCCACAUCAUCCCUGAGACCCAAGUCCCUUGCAGUACCUGGCAUGACCACUCUGUCCUCAUUCUCUCCUUCAAUGUUUAGCUUCCUCCAGGAACCUCAGGGCCCAGUGAUGUCCAUCUCUCCUCAGGCCACCUAUUUAUCUACAAUCAUCCCCAAUGCUAUUCUGCCAGCCUCGAUUGAAGUCAUUGAGAUUGACCGCAGCAGCAGCCGGACGCAUGGCAACAGUGUCAACCAUGGUAGCAGUGUUCGCACUGUUAGCAAAAGCAGUCUGGCAUCUGGAGAGUCAGUCAGCCCUUUGUUGUCCGGAAGAUCAGAUGGUGACGGUUCCCAGACUUACAGUUCUUUCAAUGACUCAGUGCUGAUGCCCACAUCAACUUCGGGGUCAAACUGGAGCGAGUCACAGUCGUCAAAGACAAUUAUUUCCAGCUCCUCACCUGUUUCGUCCAAGAGUAGCACACGCACCGGUAACUCCCAGAAAGCAGAUCUUCACGUGCAGGAAAUCCAGGCAGAGCAGACUGGCGGGGACCAAGACCUUGUCAGUCUCCAUAGCUCUGUUAGUGUGAUUAGCAGCCCCAGCACUAAAGUUGAAAAUGCUGCUACAGGACCAGAGUCUGAAUCUGGUGCAUCAGGGUCGGUGAUGGCUGAGGAACAUGCAAAAAACAAGCGCAACUGCACUCGUAGUCUUUCAGUUAUGAAGACCAAACAACCCCCAGCACCUCCACGGAGAACAAAUUCUCUGCAUAGUAAUAAGAUCAGAGCUAACUCCAGGGUUCUAAUGGAUAGCAAGGAUCUCAGUGACUCUACUUCAAAUGAGGUGAAAACUGUUACAGAAAGCAAUGCAACUGAGGAUGACAGAAACCUGGUUAAAACAGAAAACAGUAAGAUUGUUACAACCGUAUCAAACUCUGCUGGGUCCAGCACUUCACAUUCUUCCUCCACUCUUUUGAGCCCCACACAGGCUUCUUCCAAUGAGGCUGGAGGUACAAAUGAGGUGCCACCAGAAUCCAGCACCUCCUCCCCACAGAAAACUCCCUCAGAAGGGGGUAAAUUUGAACGGACCAUGUCCCCUUCCAGUGGUUACUCUAGUCAGAGUGGUACUCCAACACUUUCUCCAAAAGGGAUCUCCCCAACCUCCCCGGACAAACAGAAGAAGAAGCCUGUCAAACCAGAGAGAUCAGUGUCUCGGGCCUCAUCUUCAGCAGCUUCCCCUUCGUCCUCACUUACCUCUUUGUCGUCUGGUACAUCUGAGCUUGCAAAUGCAGAUGUUCCCCCAUGUAGCCCAAACCCACCUCCACAGGGAUCUCCACCCACUGUUGCUCCAAAAGAAGUCACACAGAGUAGCAAUCCCUCAACUUUUAGCGUGGAAAUCAGAGAGCUGUUGAACAUCCCACCACCACCAAAAGUCAAAGCACCAUGUCCUCCUCCUCCAGAGACAUGGGUUCACAACAGACACACCUUUGAGCUCCUGUGUGGACCAUUCCCCAAUGUCACCCAGAAACCAGCACAGAUACAAAAUAGCACAGAUAAACAGGCAGGUGCCCUCAGUGAAGCCAGAAAAGAGAUGCAAGCUUUAGUAGAAAACCAGACACGUACAGGUAAACCAGUCUUAGAAUUGUCAGAAAACAAAGUAAAACCCGAAGAAGUCCAUGCAGAACAGGAAGGUAGGGAAUGUCCAGGUACUUGUGAAAUGAAGCCUUUAAUUCAGGAGAAGAGAAAGGCAAGUGUAGAUGAACAGAGACAAGAACAGAGUUGUAGCUCUGUAGUGAAGGACCCAAAGAGUCAAGAGACAACUCCAAAGAAAGAUCCCCCUCCUGUCAUGAAGAAACCGGUGACUACAGUCCACCAAGAGGAAAUGGUGUUGACAGAGCAGUCAUUAGAGAGACAGCAAAAGCAAAUAAGUAGCAAUGCCACAACACAGGUUCCUUCAUCUAUGGAGAACCAUGUAGCAUCUUCACAGAAUAGUGUAACAAGUUCAGUUGAUAAGAGCAAGAGUGAGAUGGAGAGAAGUGAAGUCCCAUGCAUGCAAACACUUUCAGUAGAGGUCCCCAAAAUAAAUAAGGUCUCACCACCACCUACCCCACCCCCAGCAUACCACCCUACGCCUCCUCUAUCACGGAAAACAUCUCCAUCAUCCAUAUCUGUACCACCAAAUGAAUUACAGAGGGUACAGGAGGAGAGCCACACUGUGGAGUCUUGCUGGCCACCUCCUCCACCUCCUAUGGAAGGGGACUCUGUCUUUGAUGGAGGAGAUGAGGUAGACUUUCCUCCACCUCCUCCACCCUUGGUAACAGACAGUGUGCCAGAUGUAAUGGACAGCUGUGUCACAGAGUUAGACGUCUCUAAUGGACAUAUUGUACAAAAUCCAGACUUGCCACCACCUACUUCACAACCAGCUGAAAAUGACAACAAACCAGUGGUUGUUGUUCAACUCUCAAAACCUAACGAUGAUGAUGAGAUUUCUUGCCAACUAGUGCAGAAUGUUUCAUCUGUUUCUGACAGUGUCUCACCUCCACCAGUGGAAUCACCUCCUAUAGCACCUAUUACAAGAGCAGAAAGCCCAGUAUCGGUCACGGUUGAAGUUCCUCCCAGCAUUUCCCUGAAGCGAAGCUCUCUGAGAAUUGAAGAACAGUCUCCCUCUACACUUCCCACCAGUACUCAAGCUUCAGAUCCAUCGACUGUGCCAACAGCACCCGCUCUACCAGCAGAGAAUUUAACCCAUGGGGUUAAUUUCAGAAGGCAACCCAGUGUAGGACAUCGAGAUGCCAGGAGCAAGGAGCUCCUCUCCCGCCACAAAAGUGCACCCAUUCCUAAAGAGGAUGCAAACAUACCUCUUGUUACCCCCUCCUUGCUUCAGAUGGUUCGUCUCAGAUCAGUCAACAUGACUGAAGAUCAGGUGAAAGCUCCAUCUGAGGACAAACCCACAAAUGAGGGAGCACCAGUUCAGGAGAACUGUCCAGUCUCAAUCCAAGGCCCUCAAAACAUUCCUCAAAAGCCUAUCCGCAAGUCUUUGUCAAUGAAAUCUCCCCCUCAGGCCAUAAAAACAUCAUCAGUGACAAUGAACAGUCCUUCGAUGCGCUUACAGGAAGCUAUACGUAUGAAAACUGCAGCCAUGUCUUCAAGAGAUGGUCUGACUUCCAGACUGGGUGUGAGAUCACCCACUUACAGCUGUUUCAGUGAACCAGGAGCUGUGUCUCUAAAGUUACCUGAAGGAUGUGACAUGCACAAGUCCCCAGCCUCUACCGCCAGCUUCAUCUUCUCUAGGAGCACAAAAAAGGUUGUCAUAGAGACUGCGGCCGCCUCCUCCCCAGAGGCUCAGGCAAGUCUGAAGCAAAGCUUGGCGGCUGAGCUCAUGCAGGUGUCCGACCAAUCAAAGGCUGCUGCUUUCUCAAAUGGUGAGGUGAAGUGUGAUAGAGUUCCUCCACCAGUAGCUAAGAAGCCAGCCCAUGGCAGCGUCAGUCCCUCACAGAAUCUUUCCAGUUGUUCAGCAAAGAUGGAGCAUUGCGUUGAAAGAAAUGGAACAGUAGGAGUACAACAAAUGAGUGGAGUAACACUGCCUGAAACUUUAACUACAAGAGUGACAGCGGACACAAUUGAAACACUGUUUUGAAAGACCUCCCUGAUGAUUAACUGAAACUCACCACAGAGGAAGAAAGAAAAGACUACAAGCAAGUAAAAAGACAAUUCCCAGCGAGGACUGACUGACAUUACUGAGAGACACUAAGUUCAACUAUCUGAGUGUUGUGUGUUGUCUUCUCCAAAAGCCUUAGCCUAUAAUGGCCUUCCUACAUAUUUAUGCAAAAAAAAAAAAAAAAGUGUCACUCCCGAUUUCUAAUGAUAGCUUUAUUGUGGAGUAUUUUUCUAAGGUGUAGCGUAUCUCCUGUUUAAGCCCCUCAGGGUGAAAUGGUGUACAUUGGCUGAAAAGAAUAUGAAUAUUUAGCUUGUGUGAGAUCGCCUCCCAGAGGUUGAAAUAGGUAGUGUUACCUUCAGCUCAGAGAAAAGGAUUAGAUCUGACAAAGCAUUUCUGUACAGAGGUUUAUUGUCCGUUUAUUUUUCCCUGUUGUAAUAUAAUGCAGAAUUCUCAUAAGGACUUACACAGCUGUCUGAAAGUUUGACAAAAGCAUCCUCCAUUACAGGACAGGACAUUGUUUCCCUGCUUAGAUAUCUGAGUGAAGUCAUUGCCACAUAGUUUCAGUCCUCAUUUUCACUGUGUGGAAGAGUAUUUGAGAAAAAGGGAUGCUGCAUACUCACAAAAUGAGAUGUUUUGUUUUUUCCAGUUAGAACAGAGGCACUUUUGUAAAGCUAAAUCAUCAAGACUUAACAGAAAAAAAAAAACAUUUGAUUCCAGCAA